CUUGCUGUUUACACAUGCGGCAUAAAAUCAAAACAAAAAACACGUUGUGUUCCUUGCGAGACGCACUUUGGUGUUAGGACAGUUUUUUGCACACUUUUCACCCCCCAAAAUGGGCCGCAAGGAUAAGAACAAGAAAAAGGGCCAAGGAGCUGAAAAAACGUCCAUGAAAACGGACAAAAAGCUUGUAGCAAAGCAGAAAAAGCUGCUCGCCAAGCUGGGUGAGGAAGAUAUCGAAAACAUUGUGGCCAAGUACGAAACGAAGGACACGAAAUCGUCAGAUCUCACCGAAAUCGUUUGCCCGCCGCCAACGGCCCGGGUAAACGUGGGCAUCUGUGCCCAUCCGGCCGAUCGGGAGGAAAUCUUCAUCCACGGGGGAGAGUUUUUCAACGGCCAGCAGACGGUCAUCUACGGUGACUUUUACUCGUAUAAUGUGGCCAAGAAUGAGUGGAAAACGCUGAAAUCCUCCAUCUGUCCGGCACCACGCAGCGGCCAUCAGAUGGUACCGGUCGCGACGGACGGUGGCCAGAUCUGGCUGUUCGGGGGCGAGUAUGCGUCGCCCUCGCAGCUGCAGUUCUACCACUUCCGCGACCUGUGGGUGUACCGGAUGGCAAAGAAGCAGUGGGAAAAGAUCAACGCCCCGAACGGACCGAGCGCUCGCAGUGGCCAUCGGAUGGUGGUGACGCGCAAAAAGCUAUUCGUGUUUGGCGGCUUCCACGACAACAACGCCUCGUACCGGUACUUUAAUGAUCUGUACGCGUUCUCGCUGGAAAGCUACACCUGGACGAAGAUAGAGGGGGCCGGGCCAGUCCCUCCCCCGCGCUCCGGUUGCUGCAUGGUGGCGAACGCCGACGGGAAAAUCCUCAUCUGGGGCGGAUACUCGAAGACCAGCGUGAAGAAGGAAAUUGAUCGCGGCACCACGCACACGGACAUGUUCGCCUUGGUGCCGGACAAGCAGCAGGACGGCAAGACGGGAGCGGCGACAGCACAACCGACCUACAAAUGGACCAGCGUCAAACCGAACGGCAAAAAGCCGGCCCCGCGCAGCGGCAUGGCGGUGGCAAUUGCACCGAACGGAAAGGCGUACACGUUCGGUGGUGUGAUGGACACGGAGGAGGAUGAGGAGGACGUGCGGGGAAUGUUUAGCAACGAGCUGCAUGCGCUCGAUACCGGCGCGUGCACCUGGCGCAAACUCGAGCUGGCGGCCAAGGCAAAGAAAAGCAAGCCGGCCGAUGUGGAAAUGAACGAGGAAGAGAAGGAAAAGCAGCAGCAGCAGGCGGCUAAAAUCGUAUCGGAUGAUGGAGUUUUCACGAUGACUGUCGGGGGCAGCGGGGCCAGUGGAGGGGCAUCGAAAGGGGCGGCCAAAGGAGAGGAAGGGGAUGCCGGGGCGCUUGAUCUCGGUGGUCCCUCGCCGCGUAUGAAUGCGGCCAUCGUCGUCUGCAAAGGGCAGCUGUACGUGUACGGUGGAUUGUACGAAUCCGGCUCCAGGCAGUUCACACUGAGCGAUCUUUAUGCUCUUGAUCUUCAUAAGCUGGAUGUGUGGAAAACGUUGAUUGCCAACAGUUUCAACUCGAAUGAAUGGCUUGGCUCGGACAGUGAAGGAGACUCUUCCGAUGAUGAUGAUGACGAUGAUGACGACGAUGAUGAUGAUGAUGAUGACGACGAUGAUGAUGACUCAGAUGAUGAUUCGUCUGGAAUGGAAACGGAGUAGCUCGUGAACCGAACGAAACAUCAUUCCGACCGUACCGAAAACUAAUUGGAAUGAAAAUAAAAAACAAAAAUAAAUGCUUAAUUGUAUUAUGUGUUGAGCUGAAAUAAACGAAUUAAAAUGGUAUAACUACCGGGA